AUGCUUAAGAAAAAUGCAGUGCCUAGUAUUUUUCCAGGUAAAAAAAAAUACGUAUACUUUAUUGUUCAGGUAUUUAAAUUUAAAUUUAUUAUUAUUUUUUAGAAAUAUAUAAUGAACUUUUUGCUGAAACUUUGUGUAGUAUUAGUGUUGAGGGUGAUAAGAGUAAUUAUGAUAAUGGUAGGUUUUUACAUUAAAUAAAAUAUAUUAUUUGAAUUUAAAUUUUAUUAUAAUUUAUUUUUUACAUAUUUAGAUCCAUCUGAUCAGUUGGAUAUUAUAGAUGGUAGUAUGGAUGUCUUGGAUCAAACCACAGUUAUGCAAGAGCCAAGUAAAUAAUUAUAUAAAAUAAUUUAAUUAUAAAUUAUAUUUUAUUGUAAUCAUUAUUUAAUAAUUCGUAAUUGGUUUAGGUAUCAAUUUACUUGAUGGUCAAUCUGAAGCAUUAACUUCAUCGAGGUUAAAAAGUAGACUAGUUCAAAAAGUCAGGUAUAAUUUGAUGGUCCAUAUUGAGUUAUCAUUAAUUGAUUAAUUAAUUACAUUACGAUUAUUUCAUUUCAGUAAAACAAAAUAUUUUGCUGGCAAUUUCAAAUUAGAUGAUAAAUCAAACUCCAAUGAAUAA